AUGCUUAUGUACCUUGCAACCGUCCCCAAGCCGGCAUACACAGAGACUGCCAUCGCGUACUGGUGCUUGGGCGAGCCAAACAAGUCCCUUGUUGUCUUGGAGCCGGGCUACCUGGCCUCCCCGGGAACGCUCUACUUCGUCCAGCAUGAACUGGCAAAGGCCACACGUGCUUGCAUCUACGACCCAGUGGGAACCGGCUUGAGCGCAGGCGAUGCCCCCAGCUUCCGAAGUGAUGCAGCAGCCAUGAAGGACGUGGUCAAUGCAGAACUGGCCAGGCAUGCUGACAGCGACUCCUGGCAGAUCGUUGUUGGCGGCCACUCUCGAGGACACCUCACUGCAUGCCGCUUCUGGCUGGAUUAUUCCAGCUUGUACGACAGGCUCGCGGUGCUCGGGUUUGAUGGCAGCCACUGCGGGCAGACAGCCUGUAAUUACUGCGAGGAUUUUGGAGGCGUCUUUGCGGCGUUGCGACUUCUCGCAACUCCAUUCUGGACUCUGUUUUCCGGAUUGCUUCGCCUAACGAUGGCCCUUUUUCAGGAGCCCUUGAUGCAGGCAAUGGCCAGCAGGCCUGUUGAUUUUCCGGACUAUCCACCGGCAGCCGUGAUCCAGCUGUCCGAGCCCUACUUCUGGCCCAAGCUCUGGCGAAGCCAAAGCUUGCGGGGGGACGCGUGGCUUAACUCCUAUGAUGGUCCAACAUGGUCCCAAUGCUGGGAGCAGCAGUUGACCGCUACUUCAGUUUCAUCCAGCAGCCAGCACCAUUUGUAUAUAGAUGCCCGGGGUGUUUGCACCGAACCCUGGUCAUGUGCAGAGCACACGUCCAUCAUCUCGAGCAGCUGGUUCGCCAACAUUGCGAGUGCCAAGGCUCUAAGUUUUGUUGCCCGAUGA